AUUCGCACAUUUGCCAGAUCAACUCAGCCGGCCGCGCGAAGAUCCCGUCUCGGCCAUUCGCCAAGUCCGUCUAGUCCUGCCAGCCGAGCUCCCCUCCGCCUCGGAUCCCGACCGCAAAGGCUGGCCGGCCACUCGUCGACUUGGCCUUUAACAGAACGCUCUGGAGGCUGGAAGCGACUUGCUCCGGGGAGCAUAAAGGGCAGUGGAGUCAGUCGUCAGAAGCGUCUUCACGAGCCCCUCCAGCCCCUUCUCCCUCACACGUCUCGGGUCUGCCAACCUGUCCGAUCCCUCUUCGCCUCCCACCUCCCACCUCCCGCCUCGCCCAAUACCAACCUUUCUGCGAUGGCAUUUUUACAGUCCACUCAAUCAUAA